AUGAAGACCUUCUGCGCUGCUGCUGGAUUUGUCAUCGCCGCUGGGCUCAUGUCGUCUACGGUGCAGGCGUCCGGCGUCGUCACUGCGCAGCAACAAAUCACCUUGUUCAACCCCGAGGACUUCGUGUUCAGCCUCGGCGGUCCUGAGCCCGAUGCACUGGUGGACGGCUUCCAGAUCCGUUUCGUCAAUGUGAACCAGCUGCCGGCUCUGGACGGACAAGGCAUCUCGAUGGCCCUUGUGAACCUCGACCCAUGCGCCAUCAAUCUGCCUCACAUCCACCCGCGUGCCACGGAGUCUGGAGGUAUCGAGCACAAUCAAUCUUGGUAG